AAGGCAAUGUGGAUAAAAAAGGAUUAAUUUUGGCAGAAUAAUGCAAACACUAAAGGGUUAAUUUUGUAUCUAGUUUUUGGUGAUAUUGGAAGAUUAAUUCAUCAAAUUUCCAAUUCCCUGAAGUUUAUAACCUAUCUAACUCAUUAAAGACAUUAGAUGCCCUCCCUCCCACUUUUUUCCAAAUAAUUGGGAGUUAUUUCACUUUAAUGUCACUUAUACCAAUAAUAAUAUCCUAAUCUUCUAAACAUUAAGUUAAAAAAAAAAAACCCAACAAAAUGUAAGUUAUAAUUUGUCAGAGGAGCAGUGUUUCAUGAGAAUACCAUUUAUUUUAGUAUAAAACAUUAAGCACAUUUUCCAACCUGCUCCCAAAUUUUUAACUCUUUCAGUAAUUUUUGCCUGAUCUAGAAUAUUCCAAGGACAGUGUCACUAUUAAAUGAUAUAUUUUAGCCAAUCUAGAAAGCAUCUGCGUUUAUUCUCUUUAUGUUGUUCUUAAAUGCUAUUUUUCUCUCUUUUUUUGUGUUUUUAUAUAUCAGUAAGAAGUUCAAUAUUGCUCGUGCCACCCUUACGGCCAGCUGUUUUAUGGGGCUUUUGGUGAGACUACAGUGGCCAAAAUUAGGGCCAAACUGGAGGCAAUCAGUCGAUCGGUGCUUGUGAUGUGAUUUGGCUGCAGAAGAACUACAAACGCCACAGGCUGAACAAAUAGGUCCCAUUGUUGAAGGUCCCGGUGCAAAAAGAGACCAGAAACCAUUUGUGUUGCCCAAAUUGACAGCAUCUCAACAAGAAGCUAUACAGAAAGCUAAGAAAUAUGCAAUGGAACAAAGUAUUAAAAGUGUCCUGGUGCGACAGACCAUUGCUCAUCAACAACAGCAAAUGGCAAACUUUCAAAAUACUGUUCAAAGGCAGCAGGCCUUAGCAUUAAUGUGCAGGAUUUAUGUUGGUAGCAUAAAUUUUGAAAUCAAAGAGGAUACAAUAAAGCAAGCUUUUUUACCAUUUGGUCCUAUAAAGAGUGUCAAUCUCUCUUGGGACCCUGUGACUAAUAAACACAAAGGCUUUGCUUUUAUUGAAUAUGAAGUCCCUGAAGCUGCCCAGCUGGCUUUGGAACAGAUGAAUGGUGUCAUGAUUGGUGGUAGGAAUAUUAAGGUUGGUCGACCAAGCAACAUGCCUCAAGCUCAGCCCAUUAUUGAACAGCUUGCUCAGGAAGCAAAGAAUUUUAACCGAAUCUACAUUGCAUCCAUACAUCAGGAUUUGACAGAGAUGGAUAUACAAAGUGUCUUUGAGGCAUUUGGGAAGAUUGUGACUUGUAAACUCUCUCAAGACCCAACAAAACCUGGCAAACAUAAAAGUUACGGCUUCAUAGAAUACGAAACACCUCAAGCCUCUGAAGAUGCAGUUUCAUCUAUGAAUCUCUUUGAUCUUGGUGGUCAAUAUCUACGUGUUGGAAAGGCUGUGACUCCACCAAACGCUUUACAACCACCGUCAGGUCCCAGUAGCAUGCCAACUGCUGCAGCUGUAGCUGCUGCAGCAGUUACUGCAAAGAUCACAGCAAUGGAUGCUCAACAACAAGCUGUUGGUGUAAUGGGUGGUAGUUUGGCACCACCUGGUCUAGCAAUGCCAACUGCACUUGGAGCCAACAACAACAUUGGAGCUACAGUAUCAACCAGUGCAUCUACAUCAGCUGCCUCACCUCUGAUGGAUUCAGCCAGUCCCAUUUUGAGCAGUUCUGGUAUUGCCACAUCACAAGUAACAACUGUAACAAACCAAACUGGUAUUGCUGCGUCAGCUUCUCCUCUUUUCUGUUCUGAAUCCAUGGUUACUAUUCCAGCACCUCUACCUGCAGCUGCUCCAUUAACAGCUUCACAGACUCAGAUGCAGGCAUCCGCAGCAGCUGCGGCAGCAACAGCAGUAGCAGCUGCAGGUAUUACACCUAAUCCAGGAAUGAAUCUGGCCUUAGGCAAAAGUGUGAGUGAUCAAGCAAAAUCAGCUUUAUUAGGAAUACUUGGCAAAGGUAUCGAUCCUUUGCAGAAGAAAGCACUGGAAGAAGAACAAUCACAGACAUUAGAUCAACAAGAAAACAUGAAAAUCAGUGGCAGUAACGCACGACACAUGGUCAUGCAGAAACUAAUGCGAAAAUCAGAUUGUCGUGUGAUGGUUUUACGGAAUAUGGUUGGCCCAGAAGAUUUGGAUGAUGAAUUAGAAACAGAAGUUACAGAUGAAUGUGGAAAAUAUGGUGUUGUCAAUCGAGUAAUAAUCUAUCAAGAAAAACAAAGUGAAGAUGAAGAUGCUGAAAUAAUAGUAAAGAUUUAUGUUGAAUUUUCUAAGCAAGAAGAAGUGGAAUUAGCCAUCAGUUCACUAAACGGAAGAUAUUUUGGUGGUCGAAUUGUCAAAGCUGAAACGUACGACCAAGAUAUGUUUGACGCAAAUGAUCUCUCAGGAUGAAAUGAUUAAUUGAAGAUGGACAGAGUAAAAAGCCAGCUGACUUGAACAACUACUGUUAGUGAUGUGAAUGAUGUGUGAAACUGAAGUGACUGUGUAACAAAUGCUGCCCACAUGUGCCAUUGUUAUCUUUGAAGUAUUUUAGAUCUACUGAAUUCCUUUUCUAUUGACAGUAGUGAAGUUAGUGACUAAAACUACGUCAUCUUCAAAUUGUAUUUUCACAUUAUAAUCCUAGCUGUUAUUGUACUGGAAACUGAAAUUUGAACUGUUGAUGAAUCAUUUUUAGUAGACCUUAAGUAUACAGUUUUAUCACUAAUGGCAGUGGUAAAUUCUUGGGUAUCUCUCUGCAUCCAUACAGAUAAAUAGGCUUCAUUUCAUUGACAUUUUUUUUUUUUUAAUGAUAGCAUUUAUAUUUUUAGAUUCAUACCACAUUGUAAUAAUAUUAUCAUGUCUUCAUUCAUCAUUAGUGUCUUUUAUAAUCAUUUGUCCUGUAUCAACAUCAAAUGUAGUGUAUUUGACAUUAGUCGACACGAAAUUUGGUGUACUGUUGAACCUCGUCUGGUCUGGUCUGGUGUGAAAUGGUUUCUAGAUAACAAUAUUUCUAACAUUCAUUUAACUUACACAGGAAUUUGUAUCGUUACAUAUUUGUACCACAUACAAAGGUUAUUGGAGCUUUACGCAUGAAAUUCAGGAUUUUAAUAUUCAGCAUGCUAUUAAAUAUUUAAAAGAUAUAAAUAGCAUAAAUAUUGUUGAAUGUUUCGUACCAAAUGAACUCUUCCAUCUUAUUAUUUUAGUGAUGGCUGCAAUAAUACCACAAUUAAGACCUCUACUAUUGGCAGUAUCACUACAUUAUAUAAAACAGUAUUGUAAUGGCAGCAUUUAUUCAUUAUCUCCUACUAAUGCAGUGUCUAAAAUUCUUUCAUCACUAUUAUUCAAUGAGACAUCUCUUUCAUACUUAAUCAUUUGGAUAAUUCUCAUGUACAGUAUUAAAGUCUUUUGGGUUUUUUUAAUCUUUCAACCAAGAAAAUCUAAGGCAGAGAUUUCUGAUAUUUCCAAAACUGUCUCUUGAAGGGUGAAACUUCACUUAAUUCUCCUUCAAUUUUUGUGAAAAAACAAUUUUCUUUUAAACAAAUCAUUUUCUCAGAAGCAAUAACUAAAACUUCAACAUUUUUCUACAGCUGCUGCUACUUUCUCUUUAAUUAAACAACUAAAAAAAUAACUUUUCUCCAUUAUUGACUUACUGACACUAUACAUAUAUAUAUAUAUAUACAUAUAUAUAUAUAUAAAAUCACACCUACAUACACACAAAGUAUGAGUUACAUUCCACUUUUUCAUUUCUUGAGAUAUUUUCAUUUGAGAAAAAAAAGUAAUCUUCUGUUGACAGUUUUGUUUUUUGAGAAAGCAAUCACACUACUUUUCUUUGAAACAAAUUAUUUCCCCAAUGUUGGCAGCAAGAAAACUAUAUUCAACCAUUUUCAUAACAAAAUAUUCAUCUUUUUUUAUUCUUUUUUUCUUUUCCCAUUUCCCGUCCUUUUUUUAGAAUUGUUUAAAUAUGCCAGCCAUUCUUUCAACCUUCAGAUUACAUUUUUCUGACUUGUGUAAUUUUGUUUAUGUAUAUAAAUUGUAAAUAAAUUUUAUAUAACUUUAA